GCUCCCAAGUCAUUCUUCCCCGUUUAAUUAUCCUGUUCUCCUCCUAUGGGGUCGAGUGACACCACCACCUUCCGCCACCACCCCUCUUCCUCUCCUUCCUCAUCUCCCACCUCCUCUCCUCCCCCGCCUCCUCCCGUAGUGCUCAGCCCCUGCGCCGCCUGCAAGAUUCUCCGUCGGAGGUGCGUCGACAAAUGCGUGCUUGCUCCGUAUUUCCCCCCCACCGAGCCCCUCAAAUUCACCACCGCGCAUCGAGUGUUCGGCGCCAGCAACAUUAUCAAGCUCCUGCAGGAUCUACCAGAGAGCCAGAGGGCUGAUGCAGUCAGCAGCAUGGUGUACGAGGCCAACGCGAGGAUCCGAGACCCGGUGUAUGGUUGCGCAGGGGCCAUCUGCCAGCUCCAGAAGCAAGUGGGCGAGCUCCAGGCUCAGCUGGCCCGAGCACAAGCCGAGCUCGUCAACAUGCAAGCCCAGAACGCAAACUUGAUCGCCCUCAUCUGCAUGGAGAUGGCUCAAUCCCAGCAGCCAAGCACCGACAGCCUCAUCAUCACCAGCCCUUACGCCUCCCAGAACGACGGGUUCUUCCUCGAUGACAGCAGCCAUGGCUCGCUGUGGGAGGAUCCGCUGUGGACAUGAGCGGCACUGGAUUCCCUGGCAUCAAAUAAACGGAUCUAAGAUCCAAACUGCUGAUCAUUAGGUGAUCAUCAGGAGAAGAAAUUUGAGAGAAAUGAACUGGCGGCGAUGGGAUAGCAUCGAUUUGUUAUUGUAUGGUUAAAAGAAAUCCAUAAUAACUAUUAGUCUCUUAAUUUUAACGUUGCUAACAAGCUAGAUGGACCUUCUUCUGUUCU